AUGCAUUCUCUCGCUUUGAUCGCGUCCAGCGUUCUCCUCGCUAGUGCGAGUGCAGAGCAAUUCGCCAUUCCGCAAGUGCAGAGCGCAGUUAACGCAGCUCUCAACAAGUACUCCGAGUACGUGAACUACGAUGGCCCGACAGGCACAGCAACAGCAGCACUUGCUUCUGCCACUGCAGAAUCGCAUGGCUUAGAAGCUGCGGCCGUCACUGAUCCGAGCUACUGGCUGGCCGAUAUUACCCAUCAAGGCAAUGCGCCAUAUGCCGACAGUGGCUAUGUCGUCUUCAGAAACGUCAAGGAUUACGGUGCUGCUGGUGACGGUGUGACUGAUGAUACUGCGGCUAUCAACUCUGCGAUAAGUGAUGGUGGUCGCUACAGCCCUGGCUCUGGCGAGACAUCUUCGACAACACCCGCCAUUGUUUACUUCCCUGCAGGAACCUACCUGGUGUCUACGUCGAUUAUCGACUACUACUUUACACAGCUGAUUGGAAACCCCAAUUCUCCAGCUGUUCUGAAGGCCUCUGCUGACUUCACCGGUCUUGGUGUGAUUGAUGGUGACCAGUACCAGUCCACCGGUGAACAGGGCUGGACAUCAACCAAUGUCUUCUAUCGCCAGAUCCGAAAUCUAGUCUUGGACCUCACUGACGUUCCGGCAAGCUCUGCAACGACUGGUAUUCACUGGCCAACCGCUCAAGCGACUAGCUUGCAGAAUGUCGAAAUUCGUCUCAACUCAGAUUCCGGUACACAGGCUCAGGGUAUUUUCAUUGAGAAUGGCUCUGCCGGUUUUCUCACUGACGUAACUGUCACGGGUGGUCUGUAUGGCCUCAAUGUCGGAAACCAGCAGUACACUAUGCGCAAUGUCACUAUCUCCAACGCCGUGACUGCCAUUAGCCAAAUUUGGGACUGGGGUUGGACUUGGUCCGGACUUAACAUUAAUAACUGCACAACUGCUAUCGACAUUUCGCUCUUAGCCACGGAUGGCAGCCUCGAAGACGGGUCUACAGUUAUAAUCGACAGCACCAUCACUGAUUGUGACACAUUCGUCAAGACUGCCAGGUCUACUAGUUCUACUCCUGCGAGCGCGGGUAAUCUGAUCAUUGAAAACGUGGCAUUGAAUAAUGUACCUACUGCAAUUCAAGGGCCAAGCAGCGUUUACUUAACUGGUGGCACCACCACCAUCUCCACCUUCGGUCAAGGUCACGAAUAUACCCCUACAGGACCGAAUACUCUGGACGGUACUUUCACUGCACCUUCACGUCCUUCGGGCCUGCUGGCAAGCGGAUCAUCCGACUACUUCACCAAGAGCAAGCCUCAGUAUCAAAGCUACGCAACCAGCAGCGUGGUAAGCAUGCGCAGUUCAGGAGCAACCGGUGAUGGUACCACGGAUGAUACUGCUGCGAUCCAGGCCGCUCUUACCUCUGCAGCAGCUUCAGGCAGUAUUGCGUUCUUCGACUACGGUAUCUAUCUUGUUACCGAUACUAUCUAUAUUCCUCCCGGAUCUAUUGUCGUUGGCGAGUCCUACCCCAGUAUCAUGGGCAGCGGCAGCAAGUUCUCCAACAAAGAGGCACCUUACCCUGUUGUGCAGGUGGGCAAGAGCGGUGACACAGGCACAAUCGAGGUGUCCGAUAUCAUUGUCAGCACCCAAGGUGGUGCAGCAGGUGCCAUCUUGAUUGAGUAUAACCUCGAUGGAGACCAAGGAUCCGGCCUCUGGGAUGUUCACACACGUAUUGGCGGCUUCGACGGCUCUGAUUUGCAGGUAGCUAACUGCCCGACAACCGCAGCAGUCUCUGCUGACUGCGAGGCGGCCUUCAUGUCUCUGCAUAUCACAAGCUCAGCAAACAACGUCUACCUAGAGAACAACUGGUUCUGGACCGCCGACCACGACAUCGAUAGCGCCGAUAACACCCAGAUUUCAAUCUACACAGGCCGUGGCGCUUUGAUCGAGGGAAGCAACAUUAUAAUGUAUGGUACCUCUGUUGAACACCAUUCUCUCUACCAAUACGAGUUCUCGGGUGCGACGAACGUCCUGGCUGGAUACAUUCAAACAGAGACCCCAUACUACCAGCCAAGCCCAGACGCCACCUCGGGUCCUUACGCGUACAACGCAACGUGGAAUGACCCAGACUACAGCACCUGUCUGUCAGGCAAUUGCGACGCUCUAGGCUUGUACGUGACCGGCGGUGAUUCCAUAUACAUUUAUGGAGCCGGUCUGUACAGCUUCUUCAAUGACUACAGCACAUCCUGCUCCGACUACGGUAAUUCGGAAAACUGCCAGAGCGAGAUUUUCCGUGUGGAUGGUACUGUAUCCGCAUUGAGAGUAUACGGGCUCAACACUGUGGGCACUACUAACUUGAUCGAGGUGGACGGCACAAGUGAAGCGGAUUAUUCGGACAACAUCAGUACUUAUGCUGAUAGCAUUGCGCUAUUCUCAUACAAUUAA